AUGGCCGACAUCCUCGUGCCGCAGACUCCGCCUCGCAAGGUGAUGAAACCGAGAAGGGCGGCGGACUUGACAGGUCUUUGGGAGGCCUGGGAGGAGAACCGUCAGCUACGCAAACAGAGCCGGAAGAAGGGAAGCUUGCUGGAAUGGGAACACCCCUCCAAGGUUGGGCUCAUAAACCGGAGGUCUCUGAUGCUGAACUGGAAGGUGAUCUUGCCUUUGCUUGAAAUCUACUGCCCAAAGAAUGAGCCCAAGACCGUGCCCGUGCAAAGCCUGAAGCAGCACGUCAGGCGGUUCUUCGAAGAGAUCGAGGUCACUCCCAAGAACGGUUUGUGCCACUGCACCAGCCACAGCUUGAAAAUGUUCGUGAGCUACAUUAUUCGGCGACAUGACGGAUCUGUGAGAAAGGAUCACCGCCUCAAGGCCAUCUUCGACGAGGUGGCCAAGAGCUGGCCGCCGAAGGCCCGCAGCCGCAGGACCUUGGUUGAGGAAGCCGAGAAUCCAGAUGAUGAUGAGUGUGAGAAGGAAGGCCAGGAGGAGGAAGAGGAAGAGGAGCUACAGUUGACCGAGGAUGAGGUUGAGGAAGAUUCUCAAGCAGCUGAGGUUGAUGACUACCUAGCCGAGGCCAUGGGCCUUGUUCCGGGAAGCCCGCAACCACCUUCGGCCUAUGUGGGUACGGUGGCCUAUGAGCUGAGCAAUGAAGGGGAGCCGGUGCCUUAUCGGCCAGCUUUGCUUGAUGGCAAUGAAGGCGAGGCUGGUGCAGGCACAGAUCUGGUGAAACGGUUGGCUGAGCUGGAGCAUCUUGCUUCAAAUGAAGGGUGCUCGUUCGAACACAUCAAUAAUGAAAGCACUGGUGUUGUAUCUCAAGCUGAGCAGCCGAGGCAGCAAAUCGCCCAUCGAAGAGCAGCUUUGUCUGGCCAGAUGGCAAUCCAACGGUGGCACAGCACCUCAGUUCAAUCUUGUUCCAGCCCCCAAAACCGGCGACCCCCGAAGUCCUUAAACUCUUUGAGGCCUCACGGCCUGAAAACCCGAAACCCAAAAGCCCCGAAACCUUAA